GCCAUAGCUUUCCCGCCAAAAUCCCUCCCUCUCUCUCAGCGUUCACCCAUUUCCCGAUCCCUCAGUCCAGCUUUCCUCAUCGAUCUUGACCAAACUACGUUACGUCUCGUCAACGAGAUAUGGACUUCGACAUUCCAUUACCGGAGGAGCUCGAGCUACUCGAAGCCAACUCUCACUUCCUUGAAGAAGAAGAUGACUACCUCGACUUCCACCCGCCGGAACCCUACCCAAUCGAUGGCGACGAAGAAGACGACGUCGAGUUCAAUGAACCUCAGAUUAGGAAACCGGAAUCUCUGCCGUUUGUUGACGAUGAUUUCAACGGCUACAAACGCCCCAGGUCGCAAACUCCCGAUCUGCCUUGUGACGGCAGCGGAAUCUCGCCGUCUCGUGAGAAGAGAAGCAAAUUCGAUAAUCGGAGAAAUUCCGACGAUGAAGACUGGCUUAGACGUUCUCCGGGGAAGGAUAACGACCAAGCUAUGGAAGAGGAAGAAGAGACGAUUCCGCCGGAGACUAUUUUGUCCAGGUAUGUUUCUGAGAUUGAUGGAGAAUGCGUUCCGGUCACUGCACCAAAUGGAGGAGAGAGGGUUUACGCGAAGAUUUGCCGGGCCGAUGGAGACGAGAGAGUGAAGAAACUUGAUAUGAAAGGGAAAACUAAUGGUCUUAUCUCCGAACCCAUCAGCAUUCUUCUUCAAAAAUCAGAACAAGAGGCAUUCAACAGGGUCUUGCAAUCUAGUUCUGAAGAUCAGAAUGAUGCUGCUGUUCCCACUGAAACAUCUGUAAUUCAUGAAAAACUCUGGGUGGACAAAUACUCUCCAAGUUCAUUCACUGAGCUUCUCAGUGAUGAGCAGACAAACCGCGAGGUUCUGCUAUGGCUGAAACAGUGGGAUGCUUCUGUUUUUGGCUCUGAAAUUAGGAGCACCUCUGAUGAGGUAUUGUCUGCUCUGAAACGACAUUCUACUACUAGUCAUCAUCAGAGACCUUAUGGUUCAACUUUCACAAGGAAUAACCAACUGCAUAGGUGGAGUAACGGAAGUUCUAGGUUUCAUAAAAAUCCAGAUCAUGGAAAUAGUAAUGUUAGAGACAUGCAAGACUUGUGCAGUAAAAAGUCGAAAAUCACUGCCCCCCCAGAGCAGAAGAUCCUGUUGCUUUGUGGUGCUCCAGGGCUUGGAAAGACUACACUUGCACAUGUUGCUGCUAAACAUUGUGGAUAUCGAGUUGUGGAGAUUAAUGCAAGCGAUGAGCGAUCAUCUUCAACAAUUGAGGCUAAAAUACUCGAUGUGGUUCAGAUGAACUCUGUUACUGCUGAUUCAAGACCCAAAUGUUUGGUCAUUGAUGAAAUAGAUGGAGCUCUUGGCGAAGGAAAAGGAGCGGUUGAUGUUAUUUUAAAAAUGGCAUCAGCAGAAAGGAACCGUGCUACGAGCAAGGAAAAUAUAGCAAAUGGACAGUCAGGAAAAACAUCCUCAAAGAAGGAGCGACAAACACCGUCGCUUUCAAGACCUGUCAUUUGCAUAUGUAAUGAUUUGUAUGCACCUGCUCUUAGACCUUUGCGACAAGUAGCAAAGAUUCAUAUAUUUGUUCAACCAACAGUGAGUCGUGUGGUAAAUAGGCUCAAGUAUAUUUGUAACAAGGAGGGGAUCAGAACAAGUUCAUUUGCCAUGACUGCUCUAGCAGAAUACACUGAAUGUGAUAUACGUGCAUGCUUGAACACUCUUCAGUUUCUCAACAAGAAGAAACAAGCACUCAAUGUGGUGGAUAUCGGAUCUCAAGUUGUUGGCCGGAAAGAUGUGUCAAAGAGUUUAUUUGAUAUCUGGAAAGAGCUGUUCCAUAAGAGAAAAAUGAAACGGGAGAAACGAAAUGAUACUACAGGCAGUAUGAGCAACAGAUUUGACUUUCUACACUCUCUAAUAUCCAGUCGGGGCGACUAUGAUUUGAUUUUUGAUGGUAUACAUGAAAAUAUAUUGCAGCUUAGUUAUCAUGAUCCAGUGAUGGAGAAGACAGCAAGGUGCUUGGACUGUCUUGGAACUUCCGAUAUGCUGCAUCGAUAUAUCAUGCGCUCUCAGCAAAUGCCCCUUUACGUUUAUUUUCCCAGUCUUGCGAUUUCUAUUCAUAGUAAUGUGGCUCAAAUUCAAAAACCAAUCAUCGAGUGGCCGAAGUCUCACCAGAGAUGUAGAACGUUAUUGACGGAAAAGCAGGAGUCCUUGCGGUCUUGGCACCACAAAAUCCCACCCUAUAUCGGGAGGCAUUUGUCAAUCAAAUCAUUUGUAGAAGACUCUGUUUCUCUGUUAUUGCACAUUCUUUCUCCACCAACUCUUAGACCGGUGGCAUUACACUUACUAUCAGACAAGGAAAAGGAUGAUUUAGCAGAACUAGUAAGCGUAAUGGUUUCUUAUUCUGUCACAUAUAAGAAUGUGAAACCCAAUCCUGCUUCGGGUAACCUCAGAGAGGAUGCUGCUUCACAUGCUUUGACUCUUGCUUUAGAUCCACCAUUGUUCGAUCUCAUUAGUUUCAAGGGCCACCAGUACAGUCAUCGUGGGCUUGCCUUAGCAAUGAAGCAGGUGCUGGUACAUGAGGUAGAGAAGCAAAGGAUUUUGCAAUCAAGCGCUGGAAGAUCUCUGAUCGUGGACAAUCAGGAAACCAACAAGAGAAACCACGACUUGAACGGGAAAUCCAAUGUCGCGUCAAGUGAGGUUCGACGAAAUGCAAGCACUUCUGAAGUUCCUCCGUUGGUUUCCUCUGCAAAUGCUCCAACUUCAAAACCCAACUCUAAAGAUGUGAAAAAGCCUUCACGCGCCGCCGUUAAUUUCUUUGACAGGUUUAGGAAAUCGAGAAAAGAUUCUCGAGAUGGGGUGGGACCGAAGGCUGCAACCGCAGAAAGAGACUCGAGACCGCUUCUCUUCAAGUUUAACGAGGGUUUCACGAAUGCUGUGAAGAGACCUGUUAGAAUGCGUGAAUUUCUACUGUGAUAAUACUCCAAAGACCGGAUAUCAGGCAAUGGUCCUAAACCGGUGCAUACUGCAAACUUAGUAGGAUUUGGCAUCUUCAUCAAAGUGGGUACCUUGAGAGAACGAAAAUCUCUAUAGAAAUGUAAAAAGUGGAAGCAAACCAAAAAAAAAAAGGGGGGGGGGGGAUCUUUAGG